AUGCUCCCUCAUAUCAACCCGCGGCGCUUCGCUCCUAGAGUAGGAUUGCCAGAUCAGGGAAAUCAACCACCGGAUGAUGAGCAUACAGACGACCAAGGAGCUGAGGACCAGUUCUAUCCGGACAUUUUUGAUGUUUUGAAAGUCCGACAUAUUUUGCUCUGGAAGAUAAAAUCAGACGGACUUCCAGCAGAGGUUGUGGAUAUGAUCAUAGACGCCGCCGAGUACUGGCCUUCGAGUGAAUUUACGCUGCAGCAGAAGAUAACAAUCCAAAAGGAUGUGGAUCAGGCGGUUCUCUCUACGAGCCCUUUAUGUUUCGAUGAGAAGACUCUAGACACAGCUUCGCCCCAGCUGCUUCCACAUAGGACUAUUCACCCAUGUCGUAAAAUAGUCUUCUCAAUUCUGUCUCACGAUCAGGGUGGCUACCCUGACGGCAGCCCAGAUUCGUACGACGGGUCAUUCACAUGGUUUGAUGCAGAGGUGAUCCACAAAGCACAUGAACCAUCACAGAGACAGGGCAUACACCAGCGGAUGAAUCCCACUGAUAUGAGCCCUAAGCAUUACGCGCCUACUGAUCCCCUGCUCCUUCCUAGAGAAAACGCACUACAGCGCAACCGUGCUCGAAAACGCAGUGCGAAACGACAUACAAUCGUCUGGCACUAUCUUGACAACAUUGCAGCUGAUUCUCCAGAGGCGGCGGACGUUGACCGUGAUUCAGGACGAGGGCGGGAUACUCUUGAUGGAAAGCAAGUCCGUGAAAUGGAGCUUGGGGACUCGAUAGUGGUAUGGGCACGAGCUCGAUUCCCAGGGUGGAGGAAUUAUGUGGAUGGAUUAGCAGUACGGGUGUUCUGGGCGGUAUAG